UUUAGCUUCACUAUGCGCUGUGGGUAGGGAACUGUAUCAUGUGACCAUCCACUGAGAUUUGAUUUCAAGCCACAUAACGAGAAGCCAGGCUGGGUGAACCUCCUGUAUGGGCGGUUCACUGUUGGGAUGUGAACACCUGGAUGGGGCAACACGACGCAGAAACAUGAGGGAGCCACCGUUGCCACACCGGUGCUGCUGGAGUUUUGGCUGAAGAGUCCCAUCUGAGUGCUGGGUGUCCGAUCUCUCGUGUACAGAGCGCGUCUUCCAUGGUGGAGGCCGCGGAGGCGCAAGUUUUAGAGGCACUCGUCGCCAAGCUGAAGGAGGACCCAUCGCUGAUCUACGAUCCGAAGCUCGCAGUCUUCAAGGACUUCAUCCUGAGCUGGGGUGCAAAGGUGCCAGAGGCAAAACCGCAACCCAAGCCGCAAGCCAAGGCACCUGAGCCUGAACCUGCAAAGGUCGAGGAGGAAGAAGAGGAGGAGGAGCCCGAAGAGCCUGAGGAUCCUGAUCCUGACAGACUCGAGAAGGAUCCUGAGCCCUAUCCUUCACCCGGACCGGCUGGGGAGUUAGACCUGACCGAUGACCAGCUCAACAAGCAGGGCGAGCUCAAACAGGCUGCGGCAGAAGCUUUGGAGGAUGGGGAUUUGGCCAAAGCAGUGGAGAAGAUGACCCAGGCCUUUGAGAUCGGCAACGUCUCGGCCAUGAUGUGCUCAGCCUCAGAACAGAGAUCGUUCAAGUCGGGUGAAGAUCUGACAGUUGAAGUGGGGAGUUCGGACAGAUGCACAGAAGGAUGACUCUGUCUAUUUGUUUUUUCGAUCCUUCUUGUGAUGGGGUUGUGAAUAUCAAAGGUACACCCAACACUGGAGGUGUUCUGCAUCCCUUGGGAAGACGUCGAGGCAAUUUCAUGGGCCAUAAGAUGGUGAUGCCCACUUAGUAGGUUUGCCUUUCUUCCUAUUUGGGUGCAGAUAGAUUGUCCAAGAUUUGGCCGUCAUGUUUUGACAUGGCGCUCUGACCCACAGGGAAAGAGUGCCUUACCCGAUUCCAC